AUGGCAACCAAGUCCAUGGCUCCCUUGCCCCAACACCGCAUCCUACACCAUCUCCGCCUAGAAUGGGAGUCACAUCACCAGCGACUGGUGUACAAAUAUAAUGCGGUUCACUCCUUCCUUUACGAGCCCGACAUCAAGGACCUGGACCACGUCGCCGCGGAUAUGACCCUGGAGCAAGAGUUUUUUAUUCUCCAGCCACUCUUCCGGGCCCUCGCCAUUGUCAUCUGUGGCGAGUCAUUUAACGAUCAGGUGUUGGAUAUCGGGCAGCUUAGUGUCCUGGUCAUCCGUACCGGCGUGGAGGAAGGCCUAAGUGCCCCUAUCUCCUUCGGCCCGAUCGCCCACCAGAUUAGCGCGUUUUUCCACGGCUCCCACGGCGAGACAGCUGUUGAGACGGCGCUCGAUACUGCUAUUGACUUUGUGAUGGAUUUGGAGGAACGCGAAAUAGCAGCAGAAGAUGACGAGAAGCUUGGAUGGAGCGAGCUCGAGGUUGAGCUCUGGAAUGCGAGGGUGGAGAAGGAGCGGAUGCGGGCCGCGGGAGAGCUCAAGACAGCAUAA